CUUCUUCCUCGCGUUGUCCCGGCAUAUUGCCACGGCUCAUGGGAGCCUGGGGUCCGCUUGACAACUAAUCCUAAGAUUUGGCGUAGGCACUAGUUUUUACGAAAGCGACUGCCAUCUGACCUUCCAACCCAGAGGGUAAACUAGGCCUGGUUGGGAUUAGUCCGGUUCCCUCACGAUGUUUUCCUUCACCGAAAAGCGACUGGUAAAUAUCAAAUGAUAUUUCGUACAUAAGUUCCGAAAAACUCAUUGGUACGAGCCCGGGUUUGAACCCGCGACCUCCGGAUUGCAAGUCGCAUGCUCUUACCGCUAAGCCAUCAGCGCUUUUUAAUUUACUCUUAACCACAACAGCAUAAUUCAUUUUUGAUUUUUUAUCGAGCGGCCAUGUAUUUAGUGCAUCGUGAUCAUUGUGCCAGUUGUGACGUCACGUCAUUAAUGCGACCAAAGAGAAUUUUAAAUAGAGGCGGAUUGUCAAUUGAACACCACCACCACCUUGAGAGAAUGGAUGAAGAUCGGAACGUAAAAGGAGCGUACCUGGGUCGCCAAGCAGGAGGACGUCCUAUCGGACGCCCUAGGUAUCGCUGGAGCGACAUGGUGGAGGCGGAUCUGCGCGAGCUUCGAGUCGACAAUUGGCGAGAGGUCGCACAGGACCGAGAAAAGUGGCGCUGUCUUGUGUCGGAGGCCAAGUCUCAUUUUGGGUCGCUGAGCCAACGGAGUAAGUAAGUAAGUAAGGAUUGUCAAAGUAAACUUUGUAGCCACGAUAAAUUUACUGCCAUCUUUCGAGACAUGAUUAAAACUUUUAAAACGCCAUUUGACGUUGAUUCUUAUUAUUUCACUGAUAUGUGUUAAAUUUGUUACAUAGGUAUCAAAAAGUGGCGCCAUCAACUCGAGCAUAGGCCAAAGGUACGGCGCCAUCGCUCGGUAAGAUGCGCCAAACCAAAAUAAGAUGGCAGUAAAUUUACUGUAGCCACAAAGUUUACUUUGACAAUCCGCCUCUAUUUCAAAUUCUAUUUGAUGCGACGUUUUGAGUUAAAACAAAGUAGUGAUUUGCUUGCUGAAUUCUUUUAUAAUGGAAAACUAAAAGUCGUAUUUUUUUUUUAUAAAACCUAUGAAAGUGUGUUCAUUAAAGCCUAAACUACCCUUUGAUUAUGUGGUUGUAUUAAAAAUACACGCUGUAUAUUUGCAUGUUGCAGUUCCCUCGAAGAGCGAGUCUGUUGUCGUGCCUGAAGAAUACGUAAGAACUACCAUCAUCCAAGCACACGAACGAUACAGGCAGUAUUAUGUGAGAGACUACACAGCCAAAUGCAUACGGAGACGAACGUACUUCGCGUCGAAUGUGGAGCCAGCCCCGGAGCCCCUGAGGAUAUCAGCCGCGAAUAUCAUUCAAAGGGUUUAUAGACGGUUUAUGGAAAUCAAGAGGCAAAGAGUGCAAGACCAUAAGAGGAAUGUUUUGUUGGGCAUAGUUCCGGACCCCUGGCGCGAGGGUCAAAUGGACCUCAAAGAAGAAACCAAGAAACUGUACUCAUUGCGACGACGUAUCAACAAGAGAACGAGACAGCCUUAUAUGGAAGAGCUGGACAAAGAGAGCACUAGGCUGAUCAUGUUGAAGAGAGACGUACAGAUAGAUGACAUCACUGAUCAUAUUCGGGAGUGGUUUAAAGAAUGGUUGUACGGAUACGGUUUCUUCCCCGACUAUCCUUAUGAUGCUGAAGGCGGCACCAUCCUGGUGAUACGAGGGCAGUACCCCACCGUAGCGGAGAAGAUCGAGGCAGACGAGAAACUGGCUGCUGCUACCAAAGGGAAGACCAAGGAAAUGUUGAAAGCAGAGAAGAAGCAAGCGAAAUUCGAUGCCAUCAACAGAGCUAAAGCUCAGAAAGAGACAGAGAAGAAACUGGCUGAACAGGAACACAAGCUGAAAUGUAACCCGCUGAACGACCCGGGUUACAAGAUGAUGCAGUCGCAUCAUAUGGAGGACUUGCAUCAGGUUUUCCAGCGCUACAACGGCUGCUGGUCCGUCUACGAUAGCUUCCAGCCUGAGCUGGAUGGCGAGGUGGUGUAUGGCUUUAUCCGUUCCAUCAUGAGUGAGGACGUGAUGAACCACCUACAUGUGGAAUGCAGGCGAUAUGUGGACGAGCUUAUGAGGUAUGAUUAUUUCACAUAGAACAUAAGACAUAAGUAUUAAAUUAAAAUAAAAAAAACCCUACUCUAUAUGCUAAAAAAAUCGAUUUUAUGCUAAAAAUGCCUUAUAUUAUUUUUGAAAAAAGCUGAUACUCUUCAAACAUACCUAAGUUUCACCGCAAGGAAACUUGCUUUCACGUAAAAAAACUGCUGCCACAGAAAGACAGAU